CGCAGCGUUCGUCUUGCACAGUUAGUUUGCGUAUAUUCAAGGCUCGCCGGUCGGUCCCUCUUGUUCGCAACUGUCCACCCAGCCUGGAAGGCUGAAUAUCAGUGUUCGGAAUGGGAGACACAUGUUGCAGGGGCUGAAGUGGCCUCUUCGGGGCCUUGUCCUGUUCUGGCCGACGUCAAGCAGACGUCUAAGUCGGAGCUCAACUUGGGCGUCCCUCCUCACGUCUUUUCGUUUUUCCUUGCGAGGACGGAACCGCAAAAUUGUGCUGACCACACAUAGCGACCUCAGCCAUUUUCGCCGUAUGGAGAGGCGCUAUAAUGCCCAUUCUCAAGACAGCAACAUGCGUACUCGCAUAGUCGCUCUCCCAGCCGGGAAGAGACUACAUGAGGCUUUGGAGCUAAACAUCAGGGAGACGUGGGGCAGAUAUGACUGAGGCUUGCCGCAUUGGAGGUUGCUGUCCAUGCCGAGACAAUUCGCGGUGAAAACGCUUCAGAUCUGGAACAUAAGGUAGGGACCCGCCUGAAUGUCGUCAGCGAGCGCCAUCGACGCGUCCUACUCUUUUCCUCACGCGGCGGCUUGAUCUCUGCAACCAGUCCGCAAGCGCCGGAA